UGCUCACGCAGCGGCCUCGCUUACACAGUAUGGCCGGCGACAUUAGCUAGCGCUCGCUCAACUCUCUCUAACGGGGAAGCAGCGGACUACAAGAGACUGAACUGUAUCUGCCUCUAUUUCCAACAGACUCACGUUCAACUUUCGCUCACAACACAAGAAGCCGGGAAAAUUUUAUUAGUCCUUUUUUUAAAAAAGUUAAUAUAAAAUUAUAACAAACAAAAAAAAAGGAACCUGAACUUUAGUAACACAGCUGGAACAAUCCGCAGCAGCGGCGGGAGAAGAGAUUUAAUUUAGUUGAUUUUCUGUGGUUGUUGGUUGUUCGCUAGUCUCACGGUGAUGGAAGCUGCACAUUUUUGCGAAGGAACCGAGAAGCUGCUGGAGGUUUGGUUCUCCCGGCAGCAGCCCGACGCAAAUCAAGGAUCUGGGGAUCUUCGCACUAUCCCAAGAUCUGAGUGGGACAUACUUUUGAAGGAUGUGCAAUGUUCAAUCAUAAGUGUGACAAAAACUGACAAGCAGGAAGCUUAUGUACUCAGUGAGAGUAGCAUGUUUGUCUCCAAGAGACGUUUCAUUUUGAAGACAUGUGGUACCACCCUCUUGCUGAAAGCACUGGUUCCCCUGUUGAAACUUGCUAGGGAUUACAGUGGGUUUGACUCAAUUCAAAGCUUCUUUUAUUCUCGUAAGAAUUUCAUGAAGCCUUCUCACCAAGGGUACCCACACCGGAAUUUCCAGGAAGAGAUAGAGUUUCUUAAUGCAAUUUUCCCAAAUGGAGCAGCAUAUUGUAUGGGACGUAUGAAUUCUGACUGUUGGUACUUGUAUACUCUGGAUUUCCCAGAGAGUCGGGUAAUCAGUCAGCCAGAUCAAACCCUGGAGAUUCUGAUGAGUGAGCUUGACCCAGCAGUUAUGGACCAGUUCUACAUGAAAGAUGGUGUUACUGCAAAGGAUGUCACUCGUGAGAGUGGAAUUCGUGACCUGAUACCAGGUUCUGUCAUUGAUGCCACCCUAUUCAAUCCUUGUGGGUAUUCAAUGAAUGGAAUGAAAUCGGAUGGAACAUAUUGGACUAUUCACAUCACUCCAGAACCAGAAUUUUCUUAUGUUAGCUUUGAAACAAACUUAAGUCAGACCUCCUAUGAUGACCUGAUCAGGAAAGUUGUGGAAGUCUUCAAGCCAGGAAAAUUCGUGACCACCUUGUUUGUUAAUCAGAGUUCUAAAUGUCGCACAGUGCUUUCUUCACCCCAGAAGAUUGAAGGUUUUAAGCGUCUUGAUUGCCAGAGUGCUAUGUUCAAUGAUUACAAUUUUGUUUUUACCAGUUUUGCUAAGAAACAGCAACAACAGCAGAGUUGAUUAAGAAGAAUGAAGAAAAAACGCAAAAAGAGAACACAAGUGGGUGGUGGUGGCUGCUUUCUAGAUGUUGAUACCGGGGGCCCUGUUUUCCAUAGCCACCACCUUGUAGUUGCAGAAAGCCCUAGAUGUAAUGAUAGUGUAAUCAUUUUGAAUUGUAUGCAUUAUUAUAUCAAGGAGUUAGAUAUCUUGCAUGAAUGCUCUCUUCUGUGUUUAGGUAUACUAUGCCACUCUUGCUGUGAAAUUGAAGUGCAUGUAGAAAAAACCUUUUACUGUAUGAAACUUUACAACACUUGUGAAAACAAUUCAAUUUGGUUUAUGCACAGUGUAAUAUUUCUCCAGGUAUCGUCCAAAAUUCCCCACAGACAAGGCUUUCGUCCUCAUUAGGUGUUGGCCUCAGCCUAACCAUCUGGGACUGUUCUAUUGCUGCCAGAAUUUCACAUACAGUUACCUCCACUUUUUAGAACAUAUUCUCUACUAAUGUUAUUGAAACCAAUUUAUACUUCAUAUAGAUGAUUUUUUGCAACAGCAAUUAAAGUUUUUCUUCCAUGAGUCGAGUCCUCUUAAGAAAAUGAUUCCAGUUACUCAGUCUGUGUAUUAUGACUCUAACGUUAUUGUCCCUAUGUUUGUAGUCCCUCAGUUGACUUCUUCCCUCAUCAUGGUGUCUUUCCCCCAGCCCCCCCAACCAAAGCAAUACACUGUUACACUAUGGGUUUAUAUAUUAAUCUUAUACCCCAGAUAAGGGAAAUGAGGGAUGGUUCCUGGACUUAAUUUCCUUUUAAGAGCAUAGAAAUUUGGCCUCAUUUUUAUUGACAUGGGUUCUUUUGUUGCAAGGUAGUGAUAAACAUCUCUGGUGUUGAUUAGCAGGAAACACUCUAGAGAAUUUUAGAUUAAGAUUAGAGUGUAAUGGCUCAGCUGUGGAAACCUAAUGCUAUUCUGUGCUUCUCAGUAAAUGAGAUUAACUUCUAAUGAGUACCAUGCCUUUACUAAUUUGCUAAGUAGUAGUAUAAAAGGAUUUUUAUCACUAAGUUGAUUAGCAGGGAGAUUUAGCAUAAAGGUUGUAUUGGCUUUGAUAAGUCAAAUCAGAUUGUAUUGUUCCCUUUAACAGCCGUUUCCACUAAUUUCCAUUAAUAGCAUACUUUAAACUUUGGUUCAAAGCAGAAUCAAUGUUAAUCAUCUUGUGACUUAAAAGUUCUGUGACUUUGUGAUGCAUGUGAGUGUUCCAGCUUCAUCUUUUUGUCUGGUGUUCUUUCACCAUGACAUUCAAAAGAUUAAAUGAAUAACUGCCCAGAAUCAGAGUUGUCCAGGUUAUUCAAAUAUAAACCAUGAAGUGGAUAUAUAAGUAAAUAUGCCAUGCAAAAAUCAAAACUGUUCUAUGAAAAAUAAGAGUAUAGGCUUUGAAGAGUUGGGCAUCUUUUAUGCAAAUACUGUGGGACUUAAGGCAACUGAGAACAGCAAAGUUGAAUAAAUUCUGUACUCAUAAUUUUUUUUGAUAAUUUCUGGAUUGAUGCAGUGGUGUUUUUGUUCCUUCUAUAUUUGUAAAUGAAACACCUUUUUAGUGUUUCUAAACAAAAUCUACUUGGUUUGAAAUCAAGUGGUUGGAACACUAUUUAGACUUUUAUUUUAAGCAUUUUGAAAGUUUCAUUGAGGGAAGCUUUCAAUCAGUGCAUUCAGUUUGAUUCUGUAAUGAGCAGAGCUCCUAAUAUAUUGAGGUGUUCUGUUUUGAGGACGAGUGCUCAAAGUGGAUUUUGUUCGUGAACAGUAUCCCAGUAGAUUUGAUGACAGUUGUUGACUUGAGGGCUGAUUUUUUUUCUUUGUAAUAGAUAUCAGAAUUCUAAUACUGAAAACCUGCAGAUUUGUGUGAAACGAAGCCUAAAGAAGUGAAAACUACAGAUUGAAUAGUAAUCCUAAAUUAAUCCUAGUAUGAUAGCGGAGGAAAAGUUUCAGUGCCAUAAUUUCUCCCUUCAUUGGUGUUGGACUUAAAUCAGUUGAAAUGUAUUUCUGUACCACAAUUUAAGCUUCAAUAAAAGUUUGCUUAAUUAAU